AUGAGAAAUAAUGAGCAACCAAUUGAAGCCCACAGUGGAGCUGAGGAACUUGUCAAGCAGGUUCUUAGUGGCGGCUGGGCGGAGAAGAUUGAAGUUGCAGGAGAAAAUGCACUCGCAAGAUAUGACCGUGAAGCUUAUGACCAAAUCCUUUCAAAUGCUAGACCGAACGGUAUUGCCAAAUUUGGCCAUCCAGCACUAAAAAUGUAUGGCGUGACAUACCUCCGUUUAUCAGACAAGUUAAUGAAGCAAAGAAACUUUGACGUAUUCAAAGCCUUCGUGAAAAAGAUGCAUGCAAAUUUGGAUUACUGUUCCGAACCGGAGACGUACUAUCAUUUCACAGAACCUAUGGAGCGAUCAAAGCCAAGGAUUCCAUUAGA